GGGUAGUGUCGGUGAUGAAGUAAGGAAACAGUUUCUCUCACCAGUCACCACUACAAUAAAUAUAGUUACAACAUCAACUUGGGUUUUUUGUCUUAGUGUCCCACACCUCCAUGUGCUGCUCAAGCUUCUUCUGUUUCACUUCUACUUGAAGUUUAUAACUGCUCCUCAAUUCUAAUCUCGCCUUCCCCAUUUAGAUAUCUUCUACUUUCUAGAGUAAGAGUAGCUACACUCAUACACACCACACAACACAGAUCAUGGGAGUGGAUUUAAGGCAAGUGGUGGCGGGUGUGCUCACCCUCACAAUGUUCGUCAUGCUUAUUCACAUGAUCAAAAGGGACCAUUUUGAUGCUGUUCAUGAUAAACUUCCUGGAACAGAGGAUGUCGGCUUUGAAAGUACAAACUUUGAUACUACUCAUGUUAGAAAGAACAUCGGGAUUUGGAAGGGAGAUGCUGAUGAGUUAAACCCAUGUUGGGCUAAGCCAUCUGAAGACAAUGCGGAGACUGAGGGAUUUGUUACCUUUUCACUAACCAAUGGCCCAGAGUACCAUAUAUCUCAGAUAGCAGAUGCAGUGCUUGUUGCUCGCAGUCUUGGGGCGACACUUGUCAUCCCUGACAUUAGAGGAAGCCAACCUGGUGACAAGAGGAACUUUGAGGACAUUUAUGAUGUCAAUGUGUUCAUGAAAAGCAUGGAAGGAGUGGUCAGAGUGGUAAAGGAUCUUCCUUCUCAUGUAACAACACAUAAAAUUGCUGCGGUCAAGGUUCCCAAUCGGGUUACAGAAGAAUACAUAGCUCAACAUGUUGAACCUAUUUAUAGAUCAAAGGGGAGUGUAAGGCUUGCUACUUAUUUUCCUUCAAUAAACAUGAAAAAAGCAGGGGAAAAAAGUGAUGCUGAUUCUGUUGCAUGCUUAGCAAUGUAUGGAAGCUUAGAGUUGCAGCAAGAAACGCACGACCUUGUUGACUCAAUGGUUGAAAGACUUAAGACUUUAAGCCGAAAGUCAGAUGGGCAAUUUAUAGCUGUGGAUUUGAGGGUUGAGAUGCUGAAUAAGAAGGGUUGCCAAGGAAGUGAUAGUGAAAAAGAGAAGAGCUGCUUUAAUGCACAAGAGGUUGCAGUGUUUUUGAGGAAGAUUGGUUUUGAAAAGGAUACUACAAUCUAUGUGACACAAUCAAGGUGGGAUGAAAGCCUUGAUUCUCUUAAAGAUUUGUUCCCUAAAACAUAUACAAAGGAAUCCAUCAUUCCCGCAGAUAAAAAGAAAAAGUUCCUAGACUCUGAAGAUUCUGAGUUGGAGAAAGUGAUUGACUUUUAUAUUAGUUCUGAGAGUGAUGUUUUCGUACCAGCAAUAUCAGGUCUAUUUUAUGCAAAUGUAGCUGGUAAGAGAAUUGGCUCUGGUAAAUCCCAGAUACUGGUUCCGGCUAAUAUUCCAGAUUCAUCUGCUUCUGCCUCCAGUUUCUUGUCCCAUUAUGUCUCCAAGAAAAACCACUUUGCCUAUUCUUGUUACUGUUAGUUCGAAGUGAAGACAUUCGUAGCAUCCAGUAGCAAAUGUUGUGUACUAAUUGUCCUGAAUGAUGAUGCUUUCCAAAAUGUACCCUUUCGGGAAUUUCAGUUAUGGCCUAAGGCUUCUUGUUUGACUGUUCACCAAAAAAAUUGAAGUUACUGUCAUUUGACAUGUACACAGGGCUUUCUGAACGGAUAUUUAGUUUGUAAAAUUAUGGUUGCCCCCAUAUUUAUUUUUCAUAACUGGUGAAACAAUUGAUAGGCCAUUUAUUGGGUUGUCUUAGAUAGAACAUUGUUUUAGGGGAGGGUAUUGAUGUUUCAAAAAGCAAAUAAACAUGCGCAAUGUACCAAAACAAAAAAAGAGAAACAAGAGUUUUUUUUUGUCCAA